AAAAACGAAAUUCGAGAGCUGAAAGGUUUGGCACCACUUCUUCAAAUCCUGGAUCAGAUUCAUCAAAUAAAGCAGAGGAAGUGAAGAGGAAGGCUAGGGCAGAGAGGUUUGGGCUUGAACAAGUUGCCCCCACGGACGAGGAAGCAAAAAAGAAAGCAAGGCUUGCAAGGUUUGCGCCAGUCGCAAAAGUUGAUCCUGUGGAGGAAGAUAAAAAGAAAGCAAGAGCUAUGAGGUUUUCACAAUCUGAGUCUGAUGCUCCAUCGCAAACAAAUGGAAAAGGAAAGCCUGAGGUGAGGGGGGAACUGUUUCUGGGGAGGCAGGAGAGACCUGAAUUAUGUAAGAUGUAGUUCUAAAGCUAGCAGGUUAUGAGUCUGACAUCUUGCAACUUGACUAAUAGCUUUUUAGGACAAUGGCGAGGAAAGUUUUCCUCAAGUAUUGGAAGUGGUUCUUGUCUACAUACAACAUAUAUUUUUGUUUUUUUUCCAGUGAACCCUCGGACUGUUGGAAGCAACCUCUGUAGUACGUGUAUCUUCUCAAAUGGCCAGAACAAUGUAAAAAAUGCAGGCUUAAAAAUUUUGUAGUUCAAGAAUCUAUGGUAUAUUCGUAUCACAAUACAAGCUUGAUUUCCUAAAAUCUUUUCUCACUUCUUGAUAUUUAUUUGCUUAAACAUAGAUGCUAAGAAUCUAAUUUCAGGACAUUCAAAACACGUGAUGCAUGUUUAAUGGUGAAAAUGAGAUCUUGAAAUCUUGAAAACCCGGCUUAUAGGUGUAGGAACAAUAUUUUCAACUUGUGGUAGCGGUAGAGUGUGGAAGACCAGCAAAUAUAAAUCAUAAACAACUUUUUCUUGCAUUAGUUGAUCGAGUAGGAUUAGCUUGUACUCUGGACUUAUCUUGUUGCAACUUUCAACCAUGCUUUUAGUAUCCUAUUUUGAAUCUAUAUACAGCCUUGAAGAGAAUACUAAUAUAGUGAGAUUUAGUACUGGUAUUCCAAUCUAAAUUUCGUAAAAGUGGAUAAGAAAAUGAACUCACAUCUUAGUUGGGUUGAAGGUGACUUAGUGGCAGUCUAUUAUGAUAUAGGAUUGACAUUGUGAAAUGGCCAUUUUAAGAGAAUUUGAUGCUAAGGAGGUGCUGUCUGACUGGGUGAAUUCUGUGCGGUCACUGGAAUUUAAUACUACGUUUAUUGUUGUAUGUAAUCCUUUUAAGUGCUAGCUACUAUGUCCAGUUGUUAAUGUCUUCCACCUCUCUGUUCGCAAUGCUUCUGCAUAAUUUCUUCUGAUGAGUGAUAACAUCUCAUGAGACCGUUCAUUAUCUGCUCAUAAUUUUCUCGUAUUUAAACUUAAGCACUGCAAGGUUUUGAAUGUGGUGGGUAAACGUUUUAUUACUCUCUUUUUAGAGACCGAACGUGUUAUCAGGUUUUUGGGUUCAGCUCUCUCUUGUCAGCUCUAGGGUUGUAUACGAACCGAAUCGAGUCG